AUGGGAAUGGUCUAUGGAGACAUGAUGGGGUCUCUUUCUCUUGCCACUUUUUCCAAUGGUUCUUCAUCUCAAGAGAGUUAUGGUCAUAGUCAUGGUCAUGGUCAUGGUGGUGCUUCUGGCGUGGAAAAUGGGAGGAGCACAAGCUGGAGUUUUCCUUUCAUGAGGGAAUUCCUUUCCUCAAACUUUGAAGACAGUAGUGAUCUUGGGGCUGGGGAGAGUAACAGUAAUGAGAAAACAAACACUAAUGGCAAGUUUAGUGAAGAAAGUAACCCUAAUGAGAACCCUCUUAGUGGCAAAGAGGUAGAUAGUGGACACUCCAAACUGUGUGCAAGAGGGCAUUGGAGGCCCGCAGAAGAUUCCAAGCUGAAGGAGCUUGUGGCUCUUUACGGCCCUCAGAAUUGGAACCUCAUAGCUGAAAAGCUGGAAGGAAGAUCAGGGAAGAGUUGUAGGCUGCGGUGGUUCAACCAGUUAGAUCCAAGGAUCAACAGAAGAGCUUUCAGUGAAGAGGAGGAAGAGAGGCUAAUGCAGGCACAUAGAAUUUAUGGCAACAAAUGGGCCAUGAUUGCAAGGCUUUUCCCUGGGAGAACAGAUAAUGCAGUGAAGAAUCACUGGCAUGUUAUAAUGGCCAGGAAGUACAGGGAGCAAUCCAGUGCUUACAGGAGGAGGAGAAUGAGCCAAUCCGUUUACAGAAGGGUGGAGCAAAAUCCAACCUUUAUUUGCAGAAGGGAUACCUCAACCACGGAACAAGAACCAUCACCUUCGCAUUGUCUCAAUCUCCUCAACAAUGGAGUAGGAGUCACCAAUAACGAGUCUAGUUUCCCAUCCUUCCAUGGAGUAGGUGCUGGUGAGGUUGUUGAGUUUGGCUUAAACGGUUCUCCACGAAACAUGACUGGUGGGAGAGAAACAAUGUCAAUCGCCCCACAAGUUGGAUUGUGUGUUGAAGCUCAACAAGCACCAUUUAAUUUCUACUUAGGUGGUGGAAGCAAUGACAUGAUGGGAGAGUCUAAUAGCCAGAUCAGAUGCUGGGAAAGGACCAAUGAAUCUCUUCACCAUCAUUGGCAGCCAUCUGGUCUAUACCCUCAUUAUCCCCAACAAUAUUUGAUGGCAAUGCAACAGCUUGACAACAACACACGCAACAAUUUUUACAGUUUCUUGAAUUCCUCAUCAGCAUCAACAACCACAGGCAAGGAACCAUCAUCAUCACCAUGUGUUGCAGGAAUCAGAGAUAAAGUGGUGAAUAGUGACCCCCCAGAUGGUGUUCCACCCCCAUUUUUUGACUUCCUUGGAGUAGGAGCCACAUGA